ACUAAACUCUAAAAACUUAAGUGCUCUCGAAAAUAUGAACAUUUUGUAACGUAAUAAUUGAAACAAUCGAUGUGCUUGAUAUGAAUCGAUGAGACACUUCACAUUUUUAGUCUAUGAGCGUACGUUUAAUAAUUAAUUUAUGUGUGUAAUUACCACCCAAUUACGUGUGACCCUAGUCCGCGCACGUACCGAUAACUAAUUCGAUUGUCGCGUUGAUUGUCACGUCGUUUUUCAUACAAACAAACUUUUGUAAAACCCUAUAAAAUUGCAAAUAUUGUAUUACACACACUAUGAGAUUAGAUAAAUUUACCUUGAGUAUUAAUUCAUCAAAAAUUUAUUUUAUUAAAAAAAAAGUUUUGUUGAAUUAGUCAUCAAACAAUGUAAAUAUUUAUCGCAGCAUGCUUUGUGUUUUUCUAUGACACAAAUGAAUAUUAUUUAUAUUUCAUAAACAAUAGUUGCGUAUGCAUGUACGUUUUGCAUACAAAAUAAUUAGUCAUGUUACAAGAUUAUGACGAUUUCAAUCAUCCUCCUGAAGAUGAUUCUCUUAAGCCGAUCGUUCCUGACGCGGAUAAUGAAUUUGUUCGAGCGAAGACAUUUCUCCAGACAGGGAGUACUCUUACUGGCGACAAUUUGUACGACCAUCUCACUGAUGUUCUGAAUAAGAUCCUAGCCGAAAGACCUGAAAAUGUCAUCGAUUUCUUCGAAGAAUACAGCAGGAAAGUUAAAGAGAAACGUUUUAGGCCUUUGACUGAUCAUCUCGAGGACAUCUAUGUCCAUCCACCGAGAUAUAAGUUAUGCAAAAAAUGGCAGCCUUUGUUGAUGCCUUUACAGCCAGAUGAACCAAGUACUAUGGAUCCUGAAGAUAUGGAAAUUGCCGAUAUGACUCAUAAUAAUAUGCUAUUGCUAUUGUAUUACUUUGAGCAAGCUGGUGUUGGAUUGCCAAGGAGUGAAAUGUUUGCGAUAAUGAUGUCUAUGAUGAGGUUUGUUAAGAGUGAACCUGUUGCAAGUGUACGUUUCUGGGGGAAGAUUUAUGGAGAUUACAAGAAUUAUCUUGUACUGGAAACUGAGUUGAAAGACGAAGAACUUGUCAAACGACAUGAAUCUACCGAAAGCAAAAGGGAAGAAGAAUUGAAAAUGAAAGAGGAGGCUGAAACAGCAGCGCAAAUGGUAAAAGAAGAACAAUCACGUAUUGAUCAGAUUCAGGAGAUUCAGGGUGAAGAAAGUACUUCUUCUAGGAUGUUUAGGCCACUUCCUCCAUUGCCUGUAAAUCAUUAUGAAGAACCUCCGGAAAUUCCAAUGGAACCUCCAGGUGUUGGUGUGAAUAAGAAAGUAUACUAUGUUUGUAAUGAGGCUGGAGAUGAAUGGAUCCAACUACCCGAUGUAACACCACAACAGAUUAAAGCUGCCAGAUUAAUCAGGAAGACAAUCACAGGAAACCUGGAGCAAUCGUUGUGUACAUACCCAGAGUUUCCGGGAGUUGAAAUGAAUUACCUUAGAGCGCAGAUUGCUAGAAUUUCAGCAGGUUCUCAGAUAUCUCCAUUAGGGUAUUAUACGUUUUCAGAAGAAGAAGGUGAGGGUGUUGAUGAAGAGGAGGAGGAAGAAGAAGAUGAAUCAGAACAAGAACUUCAUCCAAAAGGCACUCCAAUGAAAACUGAUUUUACUGAAAACUCACGUUUUGAUGGUUUACCACUGAAUGAUUUGUUAGAUCCCAGUAUGGCAUUCUGGGUACAUCAUUCACAGUAUAUCCUACCACAGGGUCGUACAACUUGGUGGAAUCCUAACCCUGAUGGAGAAUUACCAGGAGAAGAAGAACAAGGUGAAGGCGAAGAAGAAGACGAGGGGGAUAGGGAUAAACCACGUGGAAAUAUGGCUGAACCAGAAACAGGUCCACCUCUUUUAACCUCUUUAGGUGAAGAUUCAUCUUUGGAUGCAGUUGCUCCUUGGUCUGUAAGAACCUCUUCAAAUAUCAAUCCAACAAUGGCAAUAUCCAUUGUAAGAUCAAAUAUUUGGCCGGGUGCUUUUUGUUUUGCAACUCAAGGAAAACUCUUUGAAAAUAUAUAUCUAGGCGAUGGGCAAAAAUACGUGUCUCAUAAUUAUACACCGCAACCACUUCCACCAGUUCAACAAGAUUAUCCGAUUGGGCCUGAAAUUAUGGAAAUUGAUGAUCCUACUGGGGCUGAAGAGGAAGCUUGGAGGAUUGCUCAUCUACCACCAGAGAAACCUGUAAAAGAAGAACUUGGUGAAGGUGAAGGUGAAGGUGAAGAAGAUGAAGAUGAAGAAGAUGAGGAUGAAGAGGAAGAUGACGAGGAGGACUAAAUUUAAGAAUUAGAGAAUAGAGUAUAUAAAUGAACUUUUAUGCAUUUUCUCCCAAAUUUUAAUGGAAACAUGUUUAAAUUGCCAUUUAACAUUAAUAUUUUG